AUGGUGGAUACCUCAAAGAGUAAUUACUACACGCAAGCUAUAUUUGAGUGUUCAGACGGCACUAAGUACGCGAUAAAUCCAUUCGCAAAUAGCUCUGAGAGGGUAUCAGUACCUAAAUUGCCGGUACCAGAGCCGUACAGCAGUUAUUGUGGGCACUGCGACUUGAGCUUUGACGAUUUAAUCGAAUAUGAACAUCAUAAUGUCGAAAUGCAUGGUCAGAAGAAAGUGGUAGCUUGCAACUUAUGUAACGCCACUUUUAGGCGCCAAGACCACUUGAAGAGGCAUAUACAAAGUUUGCAUAUUAACCAGAAGUACUGCAAUUGUCCUGUGUGCGGGAAAGAUUGUAAACGUCAAGACAUUCUGUUGAAGCAUAUUAAAAGAAAACAUAAUGGGAAUCAAGAGGUUUUCCACUGCAGGGAGUGUAAAUUCCAGUGUGGUACGCUGUCGAAACUCGACAGUCAUGAGAAGACGCAUCUGCUGACCGAACGGCAUGUUUGUCCCCAUUGCCAGACGACAUUCAAGCGAAGAGAUCACAUGUUGAGACAUGUCAAGUCCCAGCAUUUAAACCAGUUUGUAGUGUGUCCGAUUUGCGGACAGGUGUACAAACGGAAAGACCAUGUAGUCAGGCAUGUUAGGGAGAAACACAAAAUGGGAUUGCUUAAUGGUAAAUUAAUCAAGUCCUCGGAUAUUCUAUAA